CUAACCAGUGGUUCGGGCCGCUGCCGUUGUUCCCUCUCUCAGUUCCCCACCCACUUCCCUCCCUCUUUCGGGCUGAGAAAUCUUUCCCGUAACCCCCUUCAUGGCGCACAUCACCAUCAACCAGUAUUUACAACAGGUGUAUGAAGCAAUUGAUACCAGAGAUGGAUUAUCUUGUGCAGAGUUGGUAUCUUUUAAGCAUCCUCAUGUUGCAAAUCCCCGGCUUCAGCUUCCCUCUCCAGAAGAUAAGUGUCAACAAGUUUUAGAACCUCCAUAUGAUGAAAUGUUUGCAGCUCAUUUAAGGUGUACCUAUGCAGUGGGAAACCAUGAUUUCAUUGAAGCAUACAAAUGCCAGACUGUGAUAGUUCAAUCUUUCCUGCGAGCAUUUCAAGCCCAUAAAGAAGAAAAUUGGGCUUUGCCCAUUAUGUAUGCUGUAGCACUUGACCUUCGAAUUUUUGCUAAUAAUGCUGACCAACAGUUGGUGAAGAAAGGGAGAAGUAAAGUUGGGGAUAUGUUGGAAAAAGCAGCUGAAUUGUUGAUGAGCUGUUUUCGAGUCUGUGCCAGUGAUACUCGUGCUGGUAUAGAUGAUUCUAAGAAGUGGGGAAUGUUAUUUCUGGUCAAUCAACUAUUUAAAAUUUAUUUUAAGAUCAACAAACUUCAUCUUUGUAAGCCCUUAAUUAGAGCAAUUGAUAGCUCAAAUCUGAAAGAUGACUACAGCACAGCACAGAGAGUUACAUACAAGUACUAUGUUGGUCGCAAGGCGAUGUUUGACAGUGAUUUUAAGCAAGAUCAUAUUCCAAUCAUCUAUGGAAUGAGCCUGCUACAAAUACUUGCUGAAGAAUAUCUCUCAUUUGCCUUUGAGCAUUGUCACCGUUCAAGUCAGAAAAAUAAAAGAAUGAUUCUGAUAUACCUGCUGCCAGUAAAAAUGCUGUUGGGUCAUAUGCCAACAGUUGAACUUUUGAAAAAGUAUCAUCUUAUGCAAUUUGCGGAAGUAACCAAAGCUGUGAGUGAAGGAAAUCUUCUGCUCCUGAAUGAAGCUCUGACAAAACAUGAAACCUUCUUUAUUCGCUGUGGUAUUUUCCUUAUUCUUGAGAAGCUGAAGAUCAUCACCUAUAGAAAUCUCUUUAAGAAAGUAUACUUAUUACUCAAAACACAUCAGCUUUCUCUUGAUGCUUUUCUGGUUGCCUUAAAAUUCAUGCAAGUUGAAGAUGUUGAUAUUGAUGAAGUUCAGUGCAUUUUAGCCAAUCUCAUAUACAUGGGUCACAUUAAAGGAUACAUAUCUCAUCAGCAUCAAAAGCUAGUGGUUAGCAAGCAAAAUCCUUUUCCUCCACUUUCAACUGUGUGUUGAUUCUACAAUAUUGAGUCUAAAGAGUUUUUGCAGAAAAUUGAACUUGCAAAACUUUUUUUAAAAAAUAAGUCAUACAGUUGAAACUCAAAAGUAAUCCUGUUAAACUUGGAACUGGACUGUUGGAAACUUCUCAUGGCUCCUUUCCCAGGGACACAGAGGCUAGGGACUUGGCACAGUACCUAGAGGACAUGAAUUGCUCCUUUAGAAAAUACAGCUUCUGUUAAUUUUAGUAUGAUCUGAAGUUUUUCUAUAGGAAAAAAGAAAACAUUCCUAGUCUACCAUGAAGCUUUUAUAAAACUUCUGAAAAGCUGGUGUUCUGAAUAUUUUGAAGGCAGCUACACAUUUUACUUUUCAUAGCGUUAUUCAUAAAAUGACCUUUGUACUUUUUCAUAACUGUUUUUAAAAAAAUUCAGUAUGUAUGGAAAUGGUGUAUUCUCUAUCAUCUUUCAGAAUAUUAGGGUUUCAGUAUUCCAUUUGAAUAUUUUUUUUUCAUAAUAGCUUGGGAACCUUAGAUUCCUUUGAGUCAAAUUAUAUUUGAUUUUGAAUACUACUUUUCCUUGUAAUUGCUCAUUAUAGUGAACAUUUCCAGAUUUAACAGGAUAAGCAUUUUUUUUUUUCUGAUUCUGAAAAAUGCUUUGGAAAAUCAUUAUGUCCCUAGAUUCCCAAAUCAUUGUAGUCUUGUAAGUUUGCUCCACAGAAAUUCUCUGUGUAGAUAUAAUAAAUAUCUGUCCUCCUUGUCCCAAAGGAAAAACCCUUCUAGAGUUCAGAUUCCUCCCAUUCUACUAGGAAUACAAAGGUAGAGCCCUAGUCCAUGUUCUUUCUCAUUUUCCAGGUUUAUCUGAACUCUGGGAAAACUGCCUUCCCCAAUCCCUCAAUAUUGUGAAUGCAGUGCGAAUGAUUGGAACAGCUGUAGACCAGCUCUUUGCUUUUCCAUGCCAUAUCCCCCAGUAGUCUUGGAAUUCUUAGUAGCAAUCUGGUUUCAAACCUACAUAAACCAUACUCUCCAGUUCUCAGUAUGGUAGAGAUCCCCACAGAAUUAUUCAGAAGCUACUCAAAAAAGGAUGUAAUCUCACUGCAAGAAGUCUUCCCUGCUCUAAAUAUUUUGAUAAUGAAAUUUUUGCUGUACCAAAAUAAAUUUUCCAGCACCCAUAAGUACCCUCAUUUGGAGGGCUUUGGUUUUAUGUAUGUGUUAAACUAUGAACCACUAGACACAUGUAAAGUAUUACUUUUAAAAAAAUAAAAUGUUAUUAAUA